CGCACUCCUUGGUAAUUGGAGACCUCGCUGUUCCAUCCACUUUACGCGCGCCCUCCCCCCGCAGAGAUGCAGCAGGAGCGGCUGCUGAAGGUCCUGGUCAUCGGGGACCUGGGUGUGGGAAAGACCUCCAUCAUCAAGCGCUACGUGCACCAGGUCUUCUCCCAGCACUACCGGGCCACCAUCGGAGUGGACUUCGCCCUGAAGGUUCUGAACUGGGACCACAAGGCGGUGCUCAGGCUGCAGCUGUGGGACAUUGCCGGACAGGAACGCUACGGCAACAUGACCCGCGUGUACUACCGCGAGGCCGUGGGCGCGCUGGUCGUCUUCGACAUGACCCGGCUGUCCACGUUCCAGGCCGUGCUCAAGUGGAAAGGAGACCUGGACUCCAAGGUUGCUAUGGGCAACGGGCGGCCGGUUCCAGCCGUUCUAUUGGCCAACAAGAGUGACCAGCGUCGCCAAGGCCUCUGCCCCAAGCUGCCCAAACUGGAGAACUUCUCCAGAGAGUACGGGUUCGUGGGCUGGUUCGAAACGUCUGCGAAGGACAACAGCAACAUCGACGCCGCCAUCACGUGUUUGGUGAAGAGCAUCAUGUCCGUGGAGGAGGAGCGAGUCCCGAGCGACGCCACCAGCGCCACCACCAAGAGCGACGCCAUGGACAGCGUGGUGCUGCCGCACUUCGACUACAACCAGAAGGAGAAGGGCCUGAGCGGGUGCUCCGGUUGCUCCUCGUCCAAAUCCAGAGACAACGACUGACGGAUAUAUUCAUAUGUUCUAACUUGAAGUCGUCUCCUCUCCCUCUGCUUCCACAAAUUUUAUUUUUGUAACAGAAAUUAAGUUAAAAAAAUGUGUCCCAUCAUUUCCACUCAAAAAGGCCCUUUAUUUUGAAAAAGCCAUGGUGACGUUGUUUCCUUUUAGAAACAGUUUUUGGUUGUGAACUCUGGAAAAUGUCCAGAAUAUCAGGAUUCUUCCGGUUUUACAUAAUGGGGUUGGGCACUUUCACCUCCUGACAGGAUGACAUCACGUUCUUCAAUGGGAAACAACCUUAUUUAAACAAGUGGUACCAAUACAACAAACUUGAAUUUGAAAAAACCCCAAUCCCUAUGUGUGUUCCCCAUUGAAGAGUUUCACAGUGUAGGCCUGCGAUCAUCAGAUUUUCAUUUAUUCUUCCCGCAGCGAUCACGAGAGGAUUUUCUUUGUCAAUGAUAGUCAGUGAAGCUCAGGUCAAAGGUCAACACAUUAGAGCAUUCAGUGUUCGC